AUAAAAACAAAUUUUUAUUUAGUUACUUAAAAAGCACCAACCAUAAACUUAUAAAUCUAUUUUUUAAACAUAUUGCAAAAGCCCAUAUAUAUUUUAUUUUCAAAAUUUACCGACACAAGUUUUUAGCAAAGUGUAUAAGCUAAUAGAGUAGAAAAAGCAAAGAAAUGCGUGGAAACAUUCGCGAUUGUGAGCCAUCAACGUCAUGUCUGCGCCGUAAUAUUUACCACCUGCAUUUGCCUCUUUUCGUAUUCGACACGAUACGUCUGUUUCAGGAUCAUCCGAAAUUUGCGCGCGGCCUAAAGGAGAGCCACAUCAUUGAUAUGUUGGAAAAAGAAGGCUUUGCUUGUGGCGACGUGGAGGCACAAGUGAGAAUGGCGCUAAAAGAACUCUCUUCGACCGGAUUUGUGCGCUUCAUAAACAAUGGCUACAGAACUCUGGGUCCAUUUGCACGUUUGGCAUUGGCCCGCACAACUCGGCAGUUCAAUAUUGCAUGGGAUCGACUUUGCGAAUUACAGAAAACCAGCACCACUAGCUUGAGCUCGUCGAGUAGCUCACGCAGUAACGCUUGUUGAGAGGAGAUGACAAGUUGAAGAGGGAGAGAAGCAGACGAGAAAUACUGAAUGCAUGCAUUUAUAUAUUAACAAAAAACGAUUGAUUGUGGAUUCUCAGUAAAUAUAAAAUACUUCUGCUAGUAAAGAAAAAUAUAUUAACUUUAAUGGGAAUUGGUCGCAAACUGUGCCAGAUAUUGUAAUAGUAUUUGUGCUGCUUUUUUCAUCACUUAAAUAUAAUAUUCUCGUGCAUGUGA